AUGCAGUCCGCCGGCGGGGACUUCGGGCGCGUCAUCGUGAGGAUGGAGUGCGGGGCCAAGGAGGACCUCGGCAGCACCAAUUUGCGGCCGAGCGCGGCCCAGCAGUCCUGCUUGGCGCGCAUCGAGCAAGCCCACCGCGAGCUCGGAUCGCCGCCAGCUGACUUGCACGGGCAGGGGGCCCUGGAGGAGCUCCUGUCGAAGCAGAGCUACGGCGGCGUUGCUGGAACUGUUUUCCCCCUCGAGGUGGAGCGGGUAGCCUUGCCCAGUCUCCAGCGUCGGCCCGCGCGCAUCCAGGAUGUCGGGGGCUCGGCGGGCGUGAAGGUUCUCGAGGCUCUCAAGAGUUUGGUUCGGGCGCCCGAGGGUGGGGCGGCUGAGGAGGAGCGUCGGCAGUUGCGCCGUGCCUACAACGACCCGGUCGUGCGUCAGAAGCCAAAGGAGUAUGCGAUGCUCCUUAGAAGGUUGCACGAGCGGGGGAUCAUCGAGCACAGGCGCAGCUUCAAGAAAAGCGUUGGCACCUUUCGUGUGUGGAAGAAGAGAGGGGAAAAACGUCUUAUCCUGGAUUGCGGAGUUUGCAAUUGCUGGUUCAAAGACGCCCCGGGAGUGAGCCUGGCGACAGGCGACAGUUUUGGGCGGCUUGAAGUCGUGGGGGCCGAGCCUGUGUACGUGUCGGGCGUGGACAUCGAGGUGGCCUUCUACUCGGUUGGCCUGCCCGAGGAGCUGCGCGAGUACUUCGGGAUGGAGCCCGUGUGCGCUGGGGCUGUCGGAGUUCGGUGGCUUGAAGGCGAACGCGUGCGUCUUGGAGUAGGGGUCGUGCCGGUGCUGAGCGUGUUGCCCGUGGGCUUCAAGGGGGCGCUGUACGUCUGCCAGGCGCUCCACGAGGCGGUGGCCGAGAGGGCCACCGGCGUGGACGCGGACAACAGAUUGGUGGACGGGCGGCCUGCCCCCGCAGUGGCUCAGGGCUGCGUCCACACCGAGUACGUGGACAACUUCGUGGCGCUCGGGGCGGAUGGGGAGGAGGGCCGCCGGCUGGCCACUGAGGUUGGCGCCGCUCUCGAAGCCGACGGGCUUGGCGUGCGCCCAGUGACUUGUAGCCGAGGCGGAGAUGCGCUCGGCUGGCACUUUGACGAGCUGCGGCCUGCGGCGGGGGUGGCCCCGCGUACGGCCUGGCGGCUCAUCCUCGGCCUGCGGGAGAUACUGCGCAGGGGGCGAGCGAGUGGUUCCCAUCUGGGAAGCAUCGUUGGUCAUAUCACCUUUCAUGUCCUAUUGCGACGUCCCAUCCUGUCGGUCUUGCACACCGUGUAUGCCUUCAUCGAUCGCCAUCUUGUCCGAGUGACACCUCUAUGGGAUUCUGUUAGAGAAGAGCUGGAGUGGGUGAGUCAUCUGGUGCCCCUGGCCUCUAGGGAGCUCAACAUGACGUGGGGCCCCGAGUUGACGGUGCUCGACGCGAGCGAGCUCGGGCUGGAGUUUGGGCUCUGCGUCGUAUUCUACGGGGCAGCAAAGCCGUGGGUAGUCGACAUCUUGUGCUCAGUGAUGCCAUGGCCGUUGUGCUCGGGAUCACUGCGGGUCGGAGCUCGAGUCGGGCGAUGGCAGUGGGCCGCCUUGUGUCUGGCCAGCUUCGCCGUGGUGCACGUGCGCCGGAUCUCCUCCGAGAGGAACGCUGCUGACGGGUCCUCGCGGGGCUCAGAGGAGCGCAGCGCCGCUGCCUGUCGGGAGGCUCAGCAGCGGCCCGAGCGCGCGGCAACGCGGAGGACUGGCGGCUGUGCCGACGCCUGCGGCUUCGAGCUCGUGAACCCCGUCACUGGAGGCUUCGUCCGAGGCGGUGGAGGCGACCCCUUUGUCCUCGGGCCGCCGCCUGGGCUCGAGCUUCUCAAGGCACCGUGCCUUGAUAAAGAAGCGAGCGAGCCAGGCGCGGCGGCGGGCGAGACGGAGCUGACGCGACUGGAGCGGGGUGUGCCGCUCGGGUCUCGCUCGCCGGUGGCGCUGGAGGUCGAGGCUGCGGGCCCUCUCACGCAGAGGGGCUACCGCGACCAGUUCAGCUGUUUCGUGCGUUGGGCCUCCCGAAGGGGGGCGAGUCUGGCGGCCCCGGCGGGCGUCGACGGCGCGCUGGUGGUGGCGCUUGACGCGCAGUUCUUCGAGGGCGAGCCGCGGUGGCCUGGGGCGGCCGCUCUGGAGAAGGAGAUGCUGGCGCGGGCGCGGCGAGCGGCGGCAGGGGCGACGCUCGUGGCCUCCUGGCUGCUGCUGUGGCCGGCGGGGGCGCCGAGGCUGGCAGGUGGCUGGGCAGUGGUGCCGGUGGGGGCGCUGGGCGCUUGCAUGGUGUACGGCGACCCCGAGUUCGUGCUGGUGGUGCCGCAGCUGGGGAGCUUGCAGAGGACCGUGGCAGAGGGAAGGCGAUUGUUCGCCAGCCUCGUCGGCUCCACAGGGCACCUGCUGAGGCAAGGCAUGGCGUCGCACGAGGCACCGACCGAGUUCCGCAGCGCCUGGGGCCACAAGCGCCGAAGCAGGCGGCGCGGCCUGCAAUCGGCCAAGCGGCGCAGGAAGGUCGGGCGCGAGAACCACGUGCUGAGGCCGCGGACGCCCGAGGAGCUGAGCGCCGCGCUGGAGGCCGAGCGCGCGCUUGGCGUGCCCCUCUCGUGGACAUGCCGCAACUAG